CCACUAUGAAGUAUGAUGACAUACUUAAAGACCUUGGGGAGUUUGGAACCUACCAGAAGAGGCUGUAUGUCCUCCUCUGUAUCCCGAUGGUGUCCUUGGGAAUACAGAUCUUGAUAACCGUCUUCACACUCGGCGUCCCAGAUCACAGGUGUGCAGUACCUAGUUUAGAUAACGACACCUACGCCAUACAAGGGGAACAACAUGCCCGUGCAGUCAACGCCGCUAUACCCAUAGCCAGUGAAGGAAGACAACUUUAUUCGUCCUGUCUCGUAUAUAACGUCAUCAAUUCCACAAGGUCGGGUGGUGUACAAUAUACCAACGCUACCCACUUGUGCAAUCGAUGGGUGUAUGACGAAGCAACGUUUGGCUCGAACAUCGUGACAACGUUUGACUGGGUGUGCGAUCGGAAGUUGUACAAGUCCCACAUACAGAUGUUGUUUAUGCUGGGGUCCCUAGUCUCCUGUGCCUUACUGGUGCCUCUCUCAGACGUGUAA